AUGAGUGACGAAGCAAUGCCAGCAGUAGUACCUGAUAUUUCACAUAGUCAAAAAAAUUCAAUAUCUAAUGAUACUGGUGACUCAUCGGAAUCAAUUGGCCAACCUCCACUAAAAAAAAGUGCAUCAAAUGUGCCCAUAAAACUCAAUAUUCGUUAUAAAACACAAAUAUUUUCAGUUCAAUGUGAUUUGUAUGAUACAUUAAAGGAUCUCAAAGAAAAACUUGAUAAAUUAACAGAUAUUGAUCCAAAAGUACAAAAGUUAGUGAAUAAAUCAAUUACCAGUGUUAAACGAGAUGAUGCAACCACUACAUUGAAAGAUUUGAAUUUAUCAGAUGGACAAACCUUAUUAUUAAUUGGUGCAACUCGUUCUGAAGUGUCAUCAGCUUCUGAUUUAAAGAGUGGUGCAGCUGGCAAUAAAGGUUCCAUGGAAGAUUAUGCAUCAGCAGUACAUAAAAAAGAACCUUUAUGUAAACAAACAAAGCAUGAAAAAGUAAUCAAAAUGGGUAAGCCAGAAAAUGCUCAAAUAGGUAUAAUGAAUAGAAACGAUCCGUUACCACCGUCAAUUGAUGGUUUAUUAAUGUCAAUGUUAAGUCAAACAGCUAAAAAAGCACGAUUAACAUUUAAACUUGAACUAGAUGAAUUAUGGAUUAAUACUGCUGAAACAACCAAAAAAAUAGGCAUGACACAUAUUCGUAAUAUCAUUGAUGAACCUAUUGAAAGUCAUGAAGGUUACUCAAUAGUUGGUUUUCAAACCGGUACAACCGAAAACUCCAUCAUCUGGAUCUAUUGGUGUCCGUCACAAUAUGUUCGAUCAAUACGUCGCGAGAUUAUCUCGGACUAUUAA